GCCAAAGCAACCUCACUUACAGAGAGCGAGUGGGAGAAAGAAGACGACAAGGGGGAUGAACUGAGGAAAAAAAGACAGAAGAAGGAGAUGAAAGAAAGACAGAGAGUUGAAAACAACAUGGACAAGGACAGCAACACAAAGAUCUAAACAAAAAAGUGCAAGCCAGCAAAGAUUUUCCACCUGAAGAGGCACUUUUUGGGAUAUAUAGGAAGGUGAACUGAAGGUUUGCAGGGAUUUAUCAACAAAAAGCACCUUCAGAUUUGGGGAACAAGGCUGGACCACUGCUUUUAAGAGUUCAAAAGAAAGGUUAGGAAAAGCCUGCAUCUGUGCAUUUUCCCAUGAUUCCUUUCAGUUCUCUGAGCAUGCUUCCUCUGCUGUCACUGUAUGUGGGAGCGCUGCUGUCCUCAGAUGCAUCUCCAGCCUGCGUCCAUCCUCCCUGCAGGGACAGUCUGGUGGCUGCACCCAUCCCACCAGGGACCGGAGCAGGAGUGGGUAGCGGGGCCUGCGAGGGUCAAACUGGGACAAGGGUCUGCAGGAUGGGAGUUUCACUUCCAGCCAUUUCAGAUGUACCUCGGAGGGUGGAGCACAGGCACGAUUUUCCCCAGGUUCAGUAUAAGGCUGGAGGUGUCAAAGAGCGUCUGGUUCAGCUGCAGCGCUGCAUGCGCUCUCUCCAGGAAACAGGGGGGCCCUGGAGUCACGGGGGCCAGGAGAGCAACUCUCUCGGGGCCAUCCUGGCUUUAAUGGCAGCUGUGCUGACAGAGUGUGACCUCCACUGUCACAGCCAGGCCCUUGGGGCGAUGGCCAAACGACUGGAGAGUGCAGCAGUGGGGAGAGAGGGGGAGAAAGACCUGCUGCUGUUCCUGAAGAGCAUCACACAGCAUCCACCCACAGUUGCCCCCUUGGAGAGGUUACAUCCUCAGGACUGUGCAGAGAUAUAUAGACUCGGGAUCAAAGAGAACGGAAUCUACACCAUCCAGCCUGACCUGCACGGGCCUGCGCUGGAGGCUAAAUGUGACAUGGAGUCGGCGGGUGGUGGGUGGACAGUGAUCCAGAAUCGGCAGGACGGCUCAGUGGACUUCAACAGAACAUGGCAGGAGUACCGGGAGGGAUUCGGCAGUCUGCAAGGAGAACACUGGCUGGGCAAUGCAGCGCUGCACGCCCUCACCUCCACCGGCCAGCACCAGCUCCGCAUCGAGCUGGAGGACUGGCACCAACAGAAGCGCCAGGCCACCUACAGCAACUUUAAAGUGGCCUCAGAGGCACACAGGUAUCGUCUGACAGCCAGGGAGUACUCUGGUGAUGCAGGCAACGCUCUGAGCUACAGUAAGCGUUACAACCACGACGGCAGAUCUUUCAGUACCGCUGACAGAGACCACGACCGUUACACAUCUGGAAACUGUGGUCAGUACUAUGGUGCAGGCUGGUGGUUUGAUGCCUGCCUGGCUGCUAACCUGAAUGGACGGUAUUACCGAGGGCGCUACAGUGGGGUGACCAACGGUAUCUACUGGGGGACGUGGUACAUCCUGACAGACGGACGAACUGGGGAACGAUACUCCUUCAAGAGAGUGGAGGUGAAGACAAGACCCAAGAACUUUGUGGGAGCACACUAAAGAUAAUGACCAUAGAUCAGAAUGGGGGAUUUUCUGCACAGUAGACUACAGUAAUAAUCACAGCAGACACUGAUGAAAAACCUGUUUUGCAUAGUUUUGAUUUAAUAGAUGUCUUAGUCAGUGUCUGUACAUCACUGUUGUUAGAGCAGCUUUUGUGCCACUUAUCACUUACAUGCAAAUGGCAGCUAAUUCUGUUUGAAGACUGUUUGAAGUUACACUUUUGUUCACGAUGGGGUUUCUCAUGAUGAUGCUUCAUGAAAGUGAAACAAAGAAAUGCAUUUUUGAAAACACUGCUUGUGGAAGCUGAUGUGUAAUAAAUUCACAGACUCUUUAUUGUACAUUCAAAAUAGAACAUACACACUAGGUUGCCUGGUGAGGCAUUUUUAGUUUAGUUUGGUUUGAUUCAGCCUUCAAAUAGGUGUACAGUAUAAUUACUUAAGCAAAAUCAACAAUCUGUGUUUCAGUAGUGACUGAGGUUUAGGUGGAAUUUAUCUAUUUAUCCAUUUAUGCAACCCACCACAAAUAAAAGAAAAGAUAAUUCACACUUGUAGCCCUCAAAAUAGACUUGAAAAUUUAUGUUACCAUUAUUCACCAUAGAUAUGCAGUACCUUUUAAUUGGUGUUAUGGCUUUUUGUAAAUUUAAUCUAUAAAUACCUCUAAGAUUAUAUUUACUCUUCCGGAUUGAAAAAAACAACAACCUUUGGCUUACAUUAUAUAUAGUAUAUUACAUUAUACUAUAUGGGGCUUUAGAAAUAGUGAAUUAGUAUGAUCAAGAUAGCCAGCCUUAAUCAUAGCACAUAUAGCUUGUUUCAAAAGUAUGACUAUUAA